AUGCACUGUUCUCAACUCUUCAGCCUCGUAGCUACAGCUACUUUGGCAGGGGCACUCCUGCUUCAGGUUGACACCGGAAGUCCUAGUCAUGAGCUAAGCCAUUUGCUCCACGGUCUUAUGUUUGAAGACAUCAGCAAUAGCGGCGACGGAGGUCUCUAUUCACAGCAACUGAGCAAUAACGCGUUUCAAGGCGGUGUAACCACCCUCGACCCUUGGACAGUUCAUUAUGGCGCGGCGGAAAUCUCCCAUGAUGCCGAAGCACCGCUGACUGACGCCAUUACUUCAUCCCUCAAAAUUACCAUCCCCCCCGGUGCUGGUGGAUUUACUGGCGUUGCGAACCCUGGAUACAGAGGCAUCAUCGUGAACGGCAGAUACUACAAUACCACCUUUUGGCUUCGGGGCGAUUUCAGGGCGAUCAAUGAGACUGAUGUCGAACAUGGCUGGACUAUCAUUCCCGUGGACUCCAAGGCCGAUUCAUGGACACGAUAUGAAACCGGAUUCUGGACCACAGCCGCCGCCGAUGGAAAUAAUCUUUGGAUUUUCGAGAUCCUGGCCGAAACUCUGACUAGCGGAAGCAUCAAUCUUGGUUACUCGACCUUAUUUCCCCCUACUUUCAAAGGUAGAGAGAACGGGUUGACAGUUGAUUUGUCUGAAGCUCUCAUAAAUCUCAACCCCCAAUUUCUGAGGUUCCCCGGGGGUAACAGCCUUGCAAGUCCUCUUGAAUCUCGACCAGGACGGACUUGGGGAUAUGCCAAAACUGACGGCCUUGGCCUCAUGGAAUACUUCCAGUGGUGUGAGGAUAUGUCUGUGGAGCCUAUCCUGGACGUAUGGGGCGGUCUCGGACUUGCGGGGCUCCCACCAUUAGCAGGAGAUGAGCUUGAGCCGUAUGUUGACGACGCAAUCCGUGAGAUUGAGUUCGUCAUUGGUGACAUCAACAUGUCCGGUGGGGCACUUCGCGCGUCUCUUGGACACCCAGAGCCGUACCAGCUCAACUUCGUCGAGGUUGGAAACGAAGAUAACCUCGCCGGCGGCUGUGAGUCUUACAAGCAGCGAUUUAUGCAAUAUUUCAAUGCUAUUAAGGAAACGUAUCCUCAAAUAACUGUCCUUACCUCCACGUCUGACCGAGCCUGUCUGCCGGACCCGAUUCCCGAAGGCGCAUGGCUUGACUUCCACGACUACAAUGUGCCGGAGAAUUACAUCGAAGCAUAUGACUUUUAUGACGACUGGGAUCGAGCUCAUCCCGUAUUCAUCGGUGAAUAUGCCAGGUGGGGCGUCAAAUGGUUCGACAUGCGAGGUGCCUGCUCCGAGGCAGUCUAUAUGAUGGGUUGGGAGCGUAACGCGGAUGUGAUCAGACUAGCUGCCUACGCACCUACACUACAGAAUUAUGACCCUGUAAAAGGCCAGUGGACGCCCAAUCUCAUUCCCUUUACUAACAAAGGCGAUGGCAUCGUUUAUACUCCAUCUUAUCAUGUCAAAAGGAUGUUCGCCAAUAACCAUGGCGGCGAUGUUGUGGUCCCCGUUACAGCUGACACAGAGCCGAACCCUGUCUGGUGGGCAGCAAGCAUGAAGGCAGAGGGCCAAGUAAUCGUGAAACUAGCCAACUAUGCUUCUGACUCGACCGAAAUUCGCAUACAAAUCCCUGGCAAGGAAGACGUAAAGGCUUCCUUUACCUCAAACACUGCCGGUCCUGAUGACGCUAACUCGGUCGAAAACCCCACGUUCGUUUCCGCGCCCGCUGUGCUGGAAGUUUCUGGAGACCCUAACGGUAUCUUUACCAUUGAACUAGGGAAGUUCGGUGCUGGUGUACUCGCAGCCUGA